AUUCAUUUCUCAUCCCAUUUGUGGCCAUCACUCAUGGUUGGGCUCUCGCUUUCUCGGACUAGCGUUUUCGCUUUACUUUUCCACGAAGAAGAUUUUUUUGAUGUUGGUUUGUUGAUGUUUCGUCUUCACCUCUGACGUAAAAAUUGGGUCGCAAAUAAGUCUUCAUGAAAAAAUUCAUUUACUAGACCACCUCGGACGCGAAAGCGUUCGCCACUUUACUGAAGAACCCCUUUUUCCCGAAGAAAGUUGGACAUCAAAAUGGCUUUCCCGAGCAGGAAGCGACCGUCAAGGCCACCUUUUGCCACCGCGUUUUUCCUGUUCGCGAAACAAGUGCAACAGAUUCUCUGCCUGUCCCCAGUCGAGUCGGUGCUGGCUGACGCUCCGCUCCACAACGCGUGGCAAGAUCGAGCCAAGGCGAUCUUGGACCACCCGGAACAGUUUUUUCUCAGUCGCGAAAACUGCCUGGAUUUGGUCCGCGCCGCGGAGUUCACGCAGCAGAACUUCGGUUCCGCGUGGACGAGCGGGGACUUCAUCAAUUUCUACACGAAUUGCGUGGAAGAGUUGAAAAAUGGGAAGUUGGAUGAGGGAAAGGAUCGGAAGAGCGUGGCGGUACUUUUUCUGGUUUAAGAACACAUAGUCAUAGCCAGAAUGGAUAAGCAUAAGGUGUUGGAGGGUCCUCUCGAUCCCAGUGUACAAGUAAAGGUCGAUUGUAUGCUGCUCUUGCAUCCAUGUUGGUGAAGACCACAGGUACGGGUACCCCAUGAAUAAUUAGAGUGAGAGAUACGUACUUACACGAAAAAGCUACUUAAUUUUUUAUCGCAAAAUCAAUCUAUCGCAUUCGCAGGUCGGUGGCGUCCAUUUCCCGACCGUUCUCACUUCCAACCACCGUACGCCGCCGAUCUCCCGAACGUGGCAAGACAAGUGCUGGCCGGGGGGCACGCAUCUGGACGUCCGAUCUUGUUGCGAACCCGGCCCCGCUUCCGGUUGCUUCGACGAUUUUUUCACUUAUGACACGUGCUGCCUGGGGAAAAUCGAAAGGGACGUGCCCCACCACUUCCUCGCCCCGGCCAUGGACAUGAAUGUGGGCAACGCGGUGCGGCACUGGGGCACGUUCGACCUGGCGCAGUCGUACGCGAUGCAGUCGUUUCUGAACGAGGGCGACGUGGUAUUGGACAUCGGCGCGAACGUGGGCGGGUUCACCGUGCCGUUGGCCGAGAAAGUGGGGGUGAGCGGGAAAGUGUUCGCGUUCGAGCCCUUCCGACUGCUGUUUCAGCAGCUCACCGCGAACGUCGCGUUGAACGGGCUGACCAACUGCUUCACGUUCCAGCAUGCGAUUGGGGAGUCGAACGACCACUUAGAAUUGUACCAGCCGGACUUGACCAAGUUGUCCGUCCCCAGCGCCAUGCGCGUGGCCGAACAGUACAAGGUGGGCGCGGAGGCGAAGCAGCAGCACCUGGCGUACCAGGCGGAGGAGCGGAAGGAGUUGGUGGAUGUGAAGACGCUGGACACCGCGAUCGAAGCGCUGAGGCAGAAAAAGUUGCUGAAGCCGGACCAGAAAAUUAACUUCAUGAAGAUCGACGUGGAAUUCAUGGAGAUCGCGGUGGUGAAAGGCGCAAAGCAGCUGCUGACGAAGGACCGGCCGCGCAUUUGGGUGGAGAAUGAGGCCUACUUCGACCGCGAGAAUCCGGACAAGACGUUCGUCGACCUGAUGGAAAAGGAGUACAACUACCUGUGCAAACCGGUCACCCAUCUGGAACUCCUCUGCCGCCCGCAGGAGAUGGAGCACAGCGGGUUCAGCAAAACCUUUGGGUCCCUGAUGAAGGAGGUGAACCGGGUGGGCAGUCUAUCACAAGGAAAAAAUGCCCCCACAACCAAAGUCGCAAAAACUUGUGAUGCGAAGUUUCCAAAUAAUGCAAACUUUUUGUCAUGCAUAAAAGAAGUAUGAAUCUUUCUGAUAAAGACUCUAGGCGUGUAUCGCAUCGCUCGCAUGACAAGCGCCACUCUCGCUGGGGUCUUUUGCAAUGCAAAUGUUUGCUAUUCACGAUUGGGAAUCUGUGAUGCUGAUAAGUGCCAGAGAGCGAAUGUUUCAUUUGAAAAGGUUUGCAAUACAAAUGCUCCCAAGUUCGGGGGUGGAGGCAUUUUUCACCUUGAUACAGUCCGCACGAUCUCGGUUGGUGGUUCUCACUGGGGGUGGACUACGUGGCGGAGGGCUUUUAUGGAAGUGUCAGAAUCAAAAUUGACAAAAUCCAAAAAUUUGUGAUGCGCAAAAUCUAUGCCAGUUGGAGACUCAGUUUCCAAGUGGCGCAUAUCAAAUUUCGGGAGCACCCAAAUCCAGUCUGUCAUGCUGUUUGGGCGAAGAAAACUGCUCCUGUCAUGCUACUCUGGCAUCACAUUGCAUACCCCUAAACAGGCUUGCAAUCGGUCUCAUAUGCCUGCUCCCCAAUGCAGGCCUUCACUGCUCUACAUUUCAUGGGUUCUCUGGGUUACCUGGGUCGAGUUGGAUGUGCGGUUCGAUUCUUCCUAUGCCCCUGCCCCUCUGGUCUGUGCCGCUGCAGCCGGAGGUGUGCGUUUUCAUUCGUCAGCCGGCCUCUAAGAGCUGAAGCCACAUGACGUCUGCGUUGGGGAGAUUCUCUACGGUCCCUCAGGGCAUUGCCCCGUUGCUCGCUCUUGGUGGGAGGUGGUUGAGCUUGCUUCGGGAAGAGUAGCCGGAGUUGAAUUGGCUCUUAGCCUUUUCAUUUGUGAAAUCGAGGGCAGUGGUUGGCAGAGGUUGUGCGGGAUAUUCAGUUUUUGUUAUCCCGGGACAUUUGUGUUCCUUACCCACUUCCUCAUUUCCUGGUUGACCAUUUGGUAUGGUCGACUAUAGGUGCCACCCUCGUUUCUCACCUCCAGGGGCCCUGGGCACCUCACCAUUGAUGUUUCACUUGGUGGAAGAUGACAGGGUACUACGAGCUAUUACGGGUGUCUAUUGUCUACAUUUUAUGCAUCACAAAUGUUUCGAUUUUGUCCAUUUCGAUUCUGACACAUCCAUAGGUUUGGCGAAGCCGGGGAAAUGGUCGUGGAAAACGUCAUAUCCUGUGCAAAAGUAUCGUACUCGUACAAAUGCUAAUGCAGGUCUUGCAUUACAAAUCUUGUUUCCAAGUCAAAUCUGCAUUACAAAUUUGAUUUCUCAUGCUGAGGAAAUUUGUAAUGCAUUUAUACGAGUACGAUACUUUUGCAGUUCAUACGUCACGCCCGGGUGA